GCCUAUGUACAAGGUUAAUGCAACGUAACCUCUAAACGAGACCUCACAACAUUUCCAAUUUUAUUUACAUUUCUUGAGCACAUCACAAAAUAACAUGAAGGAAGAAGUGAGCCACUUAUUCGAAACGGACGAUGGAUUCUGUGGCGCCUGCGGUUCCAUAUUGCCAUUACCAAAAUCAGAGGGCAACAUAGUUUGUUACUCCUGCAAGAAGGAGUACUCAAUUGAAGCUAUGAAUGGGAUGAAAGUCAAAUACAGCAUGCCCUUCCACUCUGUGGAGGCUGUCACAAAGAUUCUGGGUCACGAGAAGAAGAGCAAGGAGAAUUCCAAUGAUGGACCAAUUGUGGAGAGGAAAUGCCCGAAGUGUGGCAACGAAGAGAUGUCUUACGCGACGAUACAACUGAGAUCAGCCGAUGAAGGACAAACUGUCUUUUACACAUGCACUCAAUGUAAAUACAAGGAGAGUGAAAACUCGUAAAAUAUCACCAAUUAUUAUGA